AUGGCUGCGCCGGGAAAAUCCCCCGAGCCCGGCGCUGCCAGCACGGGCCGCGUCCCCGGCGUCACAUCCACCGGGACGGGGAACCCCCGGGGCAGCGCCCACGUCCUGUGGGGCCCCAUCACCGGCAGGAAGCGGCGCCGGAGAGGGCUUGUCCCCGGCCUCCUGAACCUGGGCAACACAUGCUUCAUGAAUUCCCUGCUCCAGGGCUUGUCCUCCUGCCCCUCCUUCAUCAGGUGGCUGGAGGAGUUCACCACACAGUACAGGACAGAGCAGGAGAAAUCCCAGGAGCAUCAUCAAUACCUGUCAGUGACUUUGCUGCAGCUCCUGAGAGUUUUAUCCUGCCAGGAGGUGACAGAGGACGAUGUGCUGGAUGCCAGCUGCCUGCUGGAGGUGCUGAGGAUGAACAGGUGGCAGAUCUCCUCCUUUGAGGAGCAGGAUGCCCAUGAGCUGUUCCAUGUCCUGACCUCUUCCCUGGAGGACGAGCGGGAUCGGCAGCCCCGUGUGACCCAUCUGUUUGAUGUGCAUUCCCUGGAGCAACCAGAAAUAACCCAAAAACAAAUAAGCUGCAGGACAAGAGGAUCUCUUCCCCCUGUGUCCAACCACUGGAAAUCUCAGCACCCUUUCCAUGGAAGGCUGACCAGCAACAUGGUCUGCAAACACUGUGAGCACCAGAGCCCUGUGAGGUUUGACACCUUUGACAGCCUCUCCCUGAGCAUUCCAGCAGCUGUGUGGGGUCGUCCCAUGACACUGGACCAUUGCCUCCAUCAUUUCAUCUCCUCAGAGUCUGUGAAGGAUGUUGUGUGUGACAACUGCACCAAGAUCCAGGCAGAAGGAAUUCUGAAUGGACAAAGCAUAGAAAACCAGAGAACAACGUUUGUUAAGCAAUUAAAGUUAGGAAAGCUGCCCCAAUGUUUGUGCAUCCACCUGCAAAGGCUGAGCUGGUCAAACCAAGGCACUCCCCUGAAGAGACACGAGCACGUCCAGUUCAACGAGUUCCUGGUCAUGGACAUCUACAAAUAUCGGGUUCCUGGUCCCAAAUCCAGCCAGGAGCAGCUCAGCCAGAAAAACUUGGAGGAGACAACCCCGGGAAUAAAGGAUGGGAGAGCAGGGAAACCUUCAGAUGCAGAACAACCAGCUGGUACCAAACCUCUCUUCAUGAAUGGUGCCUCCUCUUCCUCAUUUUUAAUGUCCCCAGGAACUUUCCCACUUGCUGCAUUCUCUGAGUGCAGUUUUUUUUAGGGCAACUUUGUACCUCAUGAAUUCAUAGUGCUGCCCAAAGCUUGGGGGUGUUCACACUUCCUCAGGAGAGGCUCCAAACCAGCCAAAGCAUGAGUGAUAAAAGAGUGGAUAUGCAAAAUUAUUUACACAACUCGUCAUUCCAGAGUCUGGAGCACAAUUCCUGGCCCAGGUAAUGCUCAUAAUACAUAAACAUUGAUAAAUCCACUGCUGGACUGGGACCUAGUUUGUGGCUGUGAAGCACGAGCAGCUUGGUUUUAACCUGUUUUAAGUUAUAGAAAACCAAGAAAACAAAACAAAAAAACAAAACAAAACAAAACAAAAAAAACUUUGAAAGAUGCAAAAUGCCAAAAAUUUGCUCUGGUUGUUGAAGGGAGAGCUGACAGAGCUGGAGAAGGAGGCAGCCUUCCCUACUGGGAGCCAUCUAAAACCAUCAGCCCAACAUCUCUCUCCAGCAGAUCAGCUCAGAACUGAAACCCUCUCCAGGGGCAGCAGUGGCUGUUCUGCAUUCUCCACACUCAGUGCUCUGCUUGGGGGCUUUUCCUGCAUUUGGGAGCUCAGCUGAGCCCCCCCAUUGGCUCAGUUGUGCUGGAGGAGGGGCAGAGGACAUGCACACUGUGGACUGAAAUCUGGCAGCUGGGACAGGGACAAAGUCACCUCUUCUGCACAGCCAGCAAGUUUUUUUGUCAAGAGCUGUUUCUCUGGGCUGUGGAUUAACUCUGGAUCUCCCUCAAGGGCUAUCAAGGGGAGGGUUGAGCCUUUUUUUCUGGCUUUGCCUACUGGGGAGGAAUGGAUGGGCUUGGCGUUAACCCUCAGGGGAGGAGUGGAGCAAAGCCCAGCACCUCAAUCCUAAUCCUGGCCUUGAGCUGUGCCAGAUCCUCCCAGCCCCCUGUGAGCUGGGGAUCUGUGCAGGGCUUUGGGAGCUCAUCCUCUCCUUUUGGAGGGCACUGGCAUCUGUUUUCCAGCCAACCACACCAGUAGAGAUCACUGGAAUUUGUCCAACCCUCCCCUUUGGAGGUCCCAGAGCUCUGUGUUUUCCAGCCAAACCUCCCCUCUGGAGGUCACUGGGAUCUCUUUUCCAGCCAAACCUCCCCUCUCUCCAUGCAGCCACAAGGCUCAAAUGCUGGUACUUGUCCCUCCCAAGCUGCCAUGGUGGAAAAGAUGUUAAUAAAUUGUAAAUAAUUAAGAGCUCCGAGAUGGCAUCUGUGUGUUUGGGUUAUUCUUGUAUUAUUUUGUGUGUUAAUUUAAAAAAUGUCUGUUCCAGUUCAAGCACUGCACUGCUGUUGGAAGUUGUUUUUUUUCCACUUCAGGGUAUUUUUGUAACUGUACAGUAGCAAUAAAAGAACAAACUUGGUAGAAAAUUCAGU